CGCUUCUCUUCUUUUCUUUCCUGCCUCACCGUCCGUCAAAUCAGCUUUUGCAACUGCAGCCUUGCCGUUCCGUCGCUUCUUGUAUUGACGCAACAAUACAGCCGGACAUUUCCUCUCUUCCACCUUACCUUCCUUGCCGACGGUGAGAGUAACCGAUCGAGUGGGAUCGAAAUCGUUUGAAAAUUUGAAGCAAUGGCCGAAACUCCUUCAAAACUUGCCGAAGAUACUUUAUCCCUUGACACUUCUGCUGAAGCCCAUCUUUCAGUUUGUUAUGCUCCUUUGGUUUCUUUGCAUUAAAGUUCCUCGCCCUGAUGUUUUUAUAGUACAGGUUUGAGAAGCAUUAUGCGAAAAAGGCAAAUGGUUUGUUGUGUGUAACAAGGGCAAUGCAACAAGUAUUUGCUGAUUAGGUCAUUCAUAUGUUUGGUUGUGGACUACCUGUAUGUGCUAUUUCCUAUUCAUGCAUUCAAGAAUUUGAUAAAGUUGAGAAAAAUGGACUACUCUUUUCAUCACUAUCAGAGCUUGCCAAUGAGUUAUUGAUGCUCUUCAAGGGAUUUCCUGAUGAAUAUAAUGCUCUGAAGUCUCUAAGAAAUGGUGCAUUGGUAAUGAGCUCCUCAGCAAGGUGGGAUACUGAGUGGGAAGAACAUGCUAAGCCGUUGAUAUCUGAGGUAAGUUAAUCUUUUUUCUAAAAAUAAGUUAAUCAAUUUAGAUUUUUAUUUGUGUUAUUUUUGCCUCAUGGUCUUAUAUAUUAAGCAUACAUUUAUUUCCUCAGUUCUAGUGAAUAAUUUGAUAAUGAUUUCUACAUAUUUUAUAAUGAGUUCCAAACUGCAAAACAGGGGCUAUUGGAUGGGGGGAUAGCCCCCAAUAUCAGGGGGUCCACCCCUAUCCAAUGGUUAUGUUAUGCAGUCCGGACUGCACAACAGUCUUUUGUAUUAUAAUAUAAUUAUAGGGGUGAGGCUGGGUUUAAUUGGGUCAACUUCUGGUUCAAUGAAUCUAAGGGUAUAAAUACUAGCAGAAAACACCUCUUGAGCUUAUUGGGUCACAUUAGAGAGUGGCGAGGCUGGGUGUAAUUGGGAACUCCUAUUGGAGUGGGAAGAGUGAUUAAACACACAAACCUAUUGUAAUUGUUGAUUAUAGUGGUUUUGAGACAUUGGCACAAUUCAGGGGAACCACAGUAAUAAUUAAGAACUAGAAGUGUUAAUUGUUGAGCUAUUCCUCACUUAGGUUGGCUCAUGGAUCAUACUGCAAAAUAAAAUCUACAGCUUAAGAAUUAAGAAAGUAAAAUCCUGAUCAUUAAAAGUGCCUAAACUGGUUGCCUACAUUUUCAGAUGCGACUUGUAAAUUUGGAGCUACUGAAAUCAAAAUUCAAGGGUACGAACACUAUGUUUGGUGUCCCAAGAAUUCUUCAGGGAGAUUUUAACAUGUGUUUUUCUAAUGAACUAGUGGUUUUUCCCUUUGGGGUUUUUCAGUUAAAAAUUAAUUCAUGCUUUAUUUUUCUGAACUUGAAAGGAAAUUAGGGAAAUAAUUUAUUUUCCCAGACACAAUCUUAGAAUGGUAGCUAAGAGGCUUGAAAUGAAAUAUAAGAUAGUAA